CAAGCGAUGAUGUCAAGCAUCAAAACUGUGUCUGCCAAUCUCUUAAGAAACGUUUACCAAGUAUUAUAAUCUAGUUUUAUUUUGUAAGCUAUUUAUUUUCGUAGAUUAAUAAAUCAAUACCUAAAUAUAAUACAAAAUGGAUUCACCGGUCAGCGACACUACGACAGUGCCGAUCGAAGUGAUCUUCCAACAAGAAUACUAUGAGAGUUCUGAAGAACCGCCCAUGGAAGAAUGGUCUUCAUUAGAAAUAGUACCGCCAGAAGAAAACAAAAAGAAAAUUCUACACCAAGAAGGGUUGUAUGACCCUGGCAGCGGUGAAGUAUGUACCAAGUAUAUAACUAUGUCUGCAAGUUCUGUGCUUAGGCACCCUUACUUCUGCUACCCAGCGAUCAAAGACCCAGGGAUCGAAAAGGCCUUGUUAGAACCUGAAGCAGUACUAAAGUAUCCAGAUGAUGGGCAGGCUCUAUACCUAGACAUGUGCGAGGAAAUGAAACAGUGCCCAGUGAGGAGCUUCCAUAAAGGACUACUUGGAAGUAAAAUAGAUUUAAGGUAUUAUUGCGUGAACGCAGAUGGAAUCCGUGCUAUGGCUGCAGCCUUACGGUACAAUAAGACAGUCAAAUCAUUGAACUUUACAGAUAACUUUUUGAACGAUGAUGCUAGUUUCCAUUUAGGCAAUAUGCUUAUAACAAAUAGUACAAUAACCGAACUCAAUUUACGUGGAUGCAGGAUUGGCCCUGGUGGUGCCAUGCGCUUGUUACAUAAUCUACCUCAUAACAAAGGUCUGGUGACACUGGAUUUGAGUUACAACCAGUUGGGCGAUGAAGGUAUGACGCAUCUAGCCAAAGCUAUAUUUUAUGGACUCGAUGUUAAGAAAAUCAACCUAGCUUAUAAUAAUAUAACCGGGAAAGGCGUCAUGCAUUUAGUCGAUUCAUUCGAGACACAUAACAAGUUCACCCAUAUAAACCUCUCGUGGAACAAAUUGUAUACUCCAGGAGGAGCGCCAUUUCUCAUGAAACUAUCAGAAACUAGUACUACUCUUCAGGUACUAGAUCUGUCAUGGAACGCGCUGGGUGGCCCUAAAUUUGGCUUCGCAAUAAAAAGCAUCUUGGAAUGUCCGCUUAUAAAGAAACUAAAUCUAAGCAACAAUAAGUUCGAAGGUGAAGCUUUGGCUGCUAUUGCAUCAAAUUUAACAAAAGCUAAGAGACUGCAAACAUUGCACCUGUCAUACAAUCCCCUGACGCCGGCUGAUGCCCUGACGGUGUUGAACAAAGUAAGAAUGGUAGCAUCGAAACUACAAAAGUUAUAUAUGGAAAACGUAUUCGUUGAUGGAGAGUUUUUAUCUUUGCUUGAUCGGAUAAAACGCAUGAAGUCAAAGAAAAACGUGGUUGUGACGUAUGGUGGAGUUGUAAGCAAAUUCGUAGGUAUAGGUCCAGACCCCAGAGAUCUUAUUCUCAACAGAGUUGAAUAUCUUGCCAAGAAGCCGAAGAAGAACAAGGUGGACAUUGCAUUGUUUAUGUUACAGUUGCAAAAAGAAAACCGCUCAAUAAUGGGUUUGAAAGAAUUUAUAGCUGUUAUAGAGGAAGGAGGCCUGCGUUUGGAUGACAGCAUAGUAGAUGAAUUGUUCAACGUUUUCCCUGGCGCUGCGUCUGCUAAAUUUAAAACUAUAAACAUUAACCUGAUGGUAGAGUAUAUGAAACGCAAAUGGCCGGAUAGACAGUUACCUCCCACUCCCCCGCCGGAACCCGAACCGGAACCGGUACCAGUACCAGUAAAACCAAAGAAAAAGGGAAAAAAGUGAAUUAUUCAAUAUAUUUUAUCAUUGCUCUCAUUUAAUGUACGUAUAGGAUUGAUUUAGCCUUAUAUAAUUUAAUUUAUUUUGUAUGUUUAACUUUUUUAAGACAAGUAGCGCUGAAAUUAUGCGGUAUGGUAAGUAUGUUUAGAUGUAUUUUAUGAUGAGUUGCCCAUAUUAUAAGUAUUGGUAAAUAAAGUUGUUA